CCCGUUCUUGUCGAGCCCGAUGCAGAUUUAGAUGAUGCAGCCAAGAAGAUCGUCUUUUCAAAAACCCUAAACUGCGGGCAGAUCUGUUUAUCAUCAGAUUACGUAAGUCAAGACAUUCCAUCAUGUGAACUGCUUAUCUCCGCUGUCCUUACCACAGAGGAGGUGAAGCCAAAGCUGGUAGAUGCUUUGGCCAAAGUAUUCAAAUCUAUGGAGCCAUUGGAGGAGAACAAGAACUUCUCUCGUAUUGUCAAUGAAAAACAUUUUGAUCGACUCAAUUCUCUGCUAUCCAACACGAAAGGACGCAUCGCUUAUAAAGCUAAUGGCCAGCCGGAUCGUAAAGAUAGAUUUAUACCCCCUCAUGUGGUCGAAAUUGACAAAGACGACGAAUUCUUGAAGGAAGAGAUUUUCGGUCCCUUCUUGCCAAUCUUAACUGUAAAGUCCUUUGACGAAGCAGUUGAAUUCGUAAAAGAUCAUGAAAAACCACUUGGCGCUUAUCUGUUCACCAAGGAUGCGGAA